UACAGUUCAUGUGGAGACACUGAAAAGGUUGUGUGCCCAUGAGGUCGUCCAUGCUGGUCCUGUUCCUCCUCUUCAUUGCCCGGGCUGUGGCUGCCAUCGGAGGAGACACGUGCACCGCCCCAACAGCACAGCAGAAGGAUCCAGCCAAUAACGCUAACUCCAUCCCCACAGUGGACCCUAAACUCUUCACCAAGCGCCGCUACCUCUCACCCAGGGUGCUCUUCAGUGCUCAUCUCCCCGAUGCAGAGCCAACGGGGUCGAAGGAUGCUGGUCGAAGGACCCGCAGGCGAGCAGGGCAGCCUCAGCACCGUGGAGUUUACUCAGUGUGUGAGAGCAUCAGUGUCUGGGUGGGCAACAAGACCAAAGCCACAGACAUCUCUGGCAAUGAGGUGACAGUGCUGCCGGAUGUGAAUAUCAACAAUGUAAACAAGAAGCAGUACUUCUUUGAGACAACGUGUCACAGCACCCGCUCAGGAAGCUCUAGCUGUCUGGGAAUCGAUGCAAGACACUGGAACUCCUACUGCACCAACUCACACACUUUUGUACGAGCGCUGACUUCGUUUAAGAACCUGGUGGCAUGGAGGCUCAUACGUAUCAACGUGGCCUGUGUGUGUGUGCUGAGCCGCAAGUCAUGGCGGCAGUGAAGACAUAGCGUGUACAUCACACACACGAUAACACACUCUCUUCUUCACCUCUCACUCUCUGCACAAAGUAAAUUAUUGGUAUACGUCAAAGUUUCAGGACUGCAUGUAUAUACACCAGGCCUGGGUCAAACAGUAUCUGCCACUGGUUUGUAACUAUUGUAUUUACCCGUUUAGGAGUA